UUUGGAUUUUUUCUUCGAAAAUGUGAAUCCUUGUUUAAGCUUACAUAUUAUCAAGUACGACAUAAUGCCACUAAUGCAUAUACAUUGUAUUUACUACAAGCACUAAUGCAUAUUAAUGAGCAGUUGUCAAUGAUAAUUAACAAACAAUCGAAUCGAUAUAAGGUUAUACCGUUAGAGUUUAGGACCUAUAUGAAAAGGCCGAAUGACAGGUGUGUCCAAUCAUUCCAUCGUUCCGGAAAUAAUGCUAUCUAUAAUUUCCUUAAUUGCCGUUUCGACCGUGUCAAGUGAGGGGUUUCAGGUCGUAAGGGAGAACAUACCUUAUGGAACUGAACUGAGGGGUGAGCUCUCCGGCAAGGUACUCCAAGACAUCUCGACAACAAACGCAAAUGAUGAUAUCAUGCUACCCUCAAGUACCAACGUCUUAAAAUGUGAAUGCGGAGUUUUUAGUCGAAAAGAUGACGACUUAACACGAUGGGAAAACGAAAAAGUGUCUUUUCUCAAUGUUUAUCCAUGGUCAGUGAGUUUAGUAGCGCCUGGUGGAAUGUUUGCAUUUUGUGGGGGCUCACUUAUCAAUGAUAGAUACGUUUUAACUUCAGCGGCCUGUGUGGACGGAUCUAAUGCAGAAGGGGUGGAAGCGCUGAUUGGCACAUGGCCAGCGGCACAUUUAUCUGAAGACGACUCGUUGAACACGACAAACCUGUUUAGGAAAGCAGUCGUCCGUGUAAUUAUUCACCCCCUUUACGCAGAUGGCCAUUUAGACUACAACAUUGCGCUACUGCGACUCAAGGGACCUGUUCCUACUUUUGGGACACGAGGUGCAGUGACUCCUGUGUGUCUGCCAAAUCCUGAAGAGUCAGAUUUGGUACAGGGAAUGAAUGCAUCUUCACUACUUUGGCGUUUCGACGAAUACGGUGGGGCCAUCGUACCCCGACAUCGAUCGGAAGUAGAUUGGGUUGUAUUAGGGCAGCAAGAAUGUCGCAAUCUGGAUUAUAACGAUCAGUGGACCAAGAUGCCAGAGACCAUGUUGUGUGCCAAAACGGAUGAGCCUGCUGCUGACCACCCAUUCCAUCUUACUUACGAUUGUCCAGGCGACGCUGGUGGUCCGUUGGUCAUAACGUCCGGGUAUCAGAAAGUACAAAUAGGGAUAGAUUCAUGGACAGCGUGUUAUUCUAAACCUAGUGGCGUAGGACUAUUCACGCGUGUUUCAGAGUUUCUCCCAUGGAUUAAAUCCCACAUUUCUGAAGAUGGCCGACACUGUUCCAUAUCAAUUGAAGCAAUCCGGCGACAUAAUUAAAGGAAAUGUGGAAGCAUAAAAACUUGGACAAUGAAGCCCAACUAUUCAAUAUUCGCAUCGCAUACGUACAACAACGUAACAUCCCGUUCAUUAUCCUGGAUUGUAAGGUGGUCGUCAGUCAUGCCUUCCAUGAC